UUUGUUCUUCCAGUGUUCCAAGAUGUCCAUGUUAUGAUCUAUAUCGGUUUCGGAUUUCUGAUGACCUUCCUAAAGAAGUAUGGCUAUGGAGCAGUAGGGUACAACUUCUUUAUCGCUGCUCUUAUUACCCAGUGGGGAACCAUUAUAUCAGGCUGCUUCAAUCAGAUUUACGCCGAGGGACACAGCCAUAUUGAACUUAGCAUUCAAUCGUGAGUAUUUUUAUUUUGCUUUUUCGUGUCCUUCAACUACUCGAAAGUGUUGCAGAGUGUCUGGCUUUUAGCCUAGUUUCAUUUCAUUUUGUCUUUAUUUGUUUGUUUGUUUGUUUGUUUUCAGUAAGUGACAUAGGCAGCUCGGAAGAAAAAAUCCGAGUAAACCUAACGUACAGGACUGGGUUGUUCAAAGCUGGGUUGAGAUAACCCAGGGUUAAUGCGAAAUUUGAAUUCAGAUUUGAAGGCUUAAAAAGUAAAUUCAGUUUAACUCUUUUUGUCAACAAGUUGAUGAUUGGAUGCUCUUAAUAUAACAGACCAAAAUACCCGAGAAAAUACUUUUGAACAAAAGAAAAAGAAACCCCGGUUAAAUUUAACCCUGGCUUGAGCACUAAUCGGCCUUUGAACAACUGGGCUCACAAGUCGAACCUAUGACCGUCUCUGGUUACUAGUCCAGAGGCGCUACCACUAAGCUAUAAAGGAAACUCGUAGGAGCAAAGACACUAAACUAGGUUGAUGUGGAAUCCUGCAUUCUGCAAGACCGGGCUCGAUUACCAGCCGCUGUUCGAGAAUGAGCCCGCGUUCCUCCCCCGAACAGGCUCUUCAAAUCCAGUCUGUGCUGGGACUGAAAUGUCGAUAUGCGCGUAUUCUCAAAGAUAGAAAGUUGAUGAUGAUUUUUAUUAAGUCUAGUGAGGAAUUUGUUUUACUCAUUGAUAAUAGAGACCUUUAGUUUCGUGGAUGAAACAUGUUGGAGGAAGGUUUAUCAGAACAUGACCACAUUAGCGUGAAUACCACAAUAUAUUGUGUAACAAUUAAAAGGAACAGAUAGCUAACCGAAAGCUUAUUUAUGAGUCGCGACAAUCGUGUUACAUAAACUGUCGUGUAAGCCGUGAAAAAAGCACUCAGUCAACUGCAAAUAAAAGAUCAUCCAUGAAAACAACAAUUUUUGCUUUGCAACACAGAUUAUCAGUAAAAUAACUAUUAGUUCGCUCAACAGACCAGUGUUACUUUUUUAAUAACUCACCAAUCUUAAUUGGAGCCCCCGGAAGAAAAGACCUCGGGAAGCCACCCCCACCCCCUCGGAAAUCGCCUCCUUUUGGACCCCCUCCCCCUCCCCUCUGAAUUUCCGUUGCCCUCCGUGGGGGAGGGGGGUAGGGAUAUUUUCUGGAACUACACGUUCUCAAAAAACAGUAGCCUGCGAAUACAGCCAUUUCUCCUUGUUCCUCGCUGCUUGGGUCGUUUCGCCAGGAGUAACGCCGUCCCUCCAGGCGAAACGUCCCUAUAGCGGCAAGGAGCAAGGAGCGACGGCUGUACACGGCGACGGCGACGGCGACGGCAACGGCAACGAGAACCACAAAAAUGCAGUAGGGUUAAUUAGUAAAACAACAACUUUGCACGUGCAUCACACUUUUUUGUACAUUUCUUUGACGUCACUGCACGACUACGACGUGAAAAUGCCUAAUUUCACCUUUUAUGGGUCUUCAAUGAAAGACGCAGACAAACGACGAAGAAUUUUUCUUCCUCAGUCUUUCUAAACUUGAGUGCGGUCCCCAACAAAUCAACUCCAGGGAAAUAGACCAACAUUUGACAUUUUCAGUGAAUUGGAAUUAACGCGACAAAGCUUUAGAACAACGCGAAUUCAUUGGCGUUUUUUGCUGCCUUCACCGUCGUCGAUGCUAAAACUCCUUAUCUCGCUAAAAACCGUAUUAGAAUGACGAUGACGGCAAUUGUGUUUACCGCCAAAAUUGCGCUGGCUUGCUCACGUGCGCGAACUACGUAGUACUGAGAAAAUCUCGUUCUCGUUGUCGUCCUCGUCUUAGGAUCUAAACGUCUCUAACAUUUCCUUUCUCUUGCAGUUUGGUCACCGCAGAAUUUGCCGCCGCUACAGUUCUAAUCACCUAUGGAGCUGUUUUGGGAAAAGUAAGCCGUCUACAAUUGUUAGUCAUCGGCGUGCUGGAGAUUAUUUUCUACGCCAUCAACGAAUUAAUUGCUGUCGAGUUUCUGAAGUUUUCCGACGCUGGCGGUUCCAUUAUUAUCCACGCUUUUGGGGCUUAUUUCGGACUGGCUUUGUCUCGAACUCUUUAUACCAAGGAAGCUUUGGACAGUCCUAAAGAGGGAUCAAACUACCAUUCCGAUUUGUUUGCCAUGAUUGGUGAGUUCUUGAUCACACAUUUUUGAGCCUUAUUCAGAAGGCAAGCCUUAAUCCGAUAAUUAACAAGAAGCAACUGUUUUACUUGCGUGAACUGAUAAAAAAAAAGGGUUAUAAGAAAGGAGUAUGAAAAGAAUCAAUAUAAAGAAAGUUUAUAUUCGUUUUGCGUUCAUCCACCAUAACAUUUUGUCCAUAGGCUGAAAAGUUGGAACAACGUAAAAACAUUCACCAGUUUCAGUAAAGAUCAAAGUUGAUCGUCAUGUUGUUGAGCUUAUAAGCUUUUUACUAUCCUUACCACCCUUGCUAUUUGACAAGUGCGCAUGCAUUCUUAGUCCAUAUGAUAGAUCAGACGAGUCUACUGAAGAACGACAUUUUUUACGUUAACAAACGUACCUACCAACAUCGUUUGCGAGUGAACGAAAACAGUAAAUGCAUGCAUUUAAUUUUGGCGCCAGUCAAUGUGUAUCAUUCUAGGCGCUACGUACACAAUCAGUAUCCGCGCUUUUGUCAGAAUAGCCACUCCCCCUAAGCUUAAGGCUAUGGCUGGUUCCUAUAUUAGCCUCGUAUAGCUGGCCGGAGAUCAGCGUGGGUUUAUACUUUUUGGCGGGGAGAUUAUGCGCGAAGCUAGAGGCGAAGCCGCGUGGAAAAAAUUCCGUCAUCAUUCUUCUCGCGGCUCACUCGUCAAAUUAAACCUUUGAAUGAAGUAAUAGCGCGCGAGAAAUCCUGCCAGCUACGCAGGCAAGCUGAUUUCUAAUCACUCUCUGGGGAAAGUACUUUUGAGGGUACAUAUUGAUGUUUCUUUACCAACAGGCACCGUUUUCCUCUGGAUGUACUGGCCCAGCUUUAAUGCGGCCCUUGUGGCUCCUGAUUAUGUUGCCCAGCAUCGAUCUGUUAUCAACACCUACUUUUCACUGGCUGCCGCUUGCGUCACGACUUUCGCUCUCUCACCAGUCUUUCAGCGACAAGGUGGCAAGUGGAGAUUGAGUAUGGUGAGAAAAUUACUAACUUUCCGUUUUUAUUUUAUGGGAGGGGGUGGGGGUAAGGUUUGGGUUAGAGGGGCAAGAAUGGUACAGUGGAGAGAGCACAGGCUAACCUCUCUUAUUGCCAAGAAAGUCGCUGCUCGAGCGCAAAAUUCAAGAAUUCGCAAAAAUUUUCAGACACUUACGAGAUGGGAAAACCAUGUGCAAAAAGUAAACUACAGAACUACAUGAGGACUUAAUUUUCAGCCAUAGAAUUUCAUUCAGAGACUUGCAAGUUGCACUGAAAUGCAUUUUGAAAAGAAGGUAUUAGCUAAUUGUUCGAUUAUGUUUUUCAAAGGUCCACGUGCAAAAUGCGACCCUGGCAGGAGGCGUUGCCGUCGGAACGGCAUCUAACAUGUCAAUCAGCCCUUGGGGAGCUCUUCUGAUUGGCUGCUGUGCAGGAGCACUGAGCACCGUGGGAUACGCCUAUGUAACCGUAAGUAAACAAGAUCCUUCUCCAAAGAACGUGUUUGAUAACUACAAACCACACUGCUUGCCUUUCUAGCCACCAUGGCCACGAUCGAAAGUGUUAUCCAAGUGACUCUUCCAUAACGGAUACAUGGCCUGUAUAGCUGUAGCUGAAAACCUUUGAAAAAUAAUAAGGCGUAAAAGGGCUUCACGCCUAGGACUGGCCAUUUAUUUUGUAUUAGAAUUAGUUGAGUUGCACGCCACCGAGAGUCAAUGCCGCGAAACGCUCGAAGUAAGGACGCCUUUUCUAUUCGCGCCCUUAAUCAGAUCACUCGCGUAGCUAUUGUUUUUUCUUCUUCCGAGUUUUGCUCGAUUGUAUUCUUUAAAGUUUUAUCUGCAGUGGUUCGACUUAAAAGUAUGCAAAAUUUGUGAUUAAUUUCUCAGCCAUUCCUGACGAAGUACACCAAGACUCAUGACACCUGUGGAGUGAACAACUUGCACGGAAUGCCGGGAAUCCUCGGUGCCAUCGCGGGCGCAAUAGCCGCUGCAAAUGCAAACGCUGACAAAUACGGAUAUGAUGGGUAAGAUGACGCUUGUUUUUAUGCCAAUACUGUGUUCCAUUGGAUAGUUAGAGAAUAUCCCUUUCACGGUUGUUGUUGUUGUUGUUAUAAUUAUAAUUAUUAUUGUUAUUAUUAUAAAUUUUUUUUCAACUUUUGAUAAAGAAAAGUAAGCGAAUAUCCAUCGAUACUGCCGGAAAGUCAAAGAGGGUAUUAGAAUAACCUAGCUUACCAAGUUUAAGAGGAUUCGUCCGAAGAGAGCAAAGAUGUUGCUUCCCAAAGUCGCGAAGUUUUAGGGCGGGGGGAGGCACGAACUUGCGCUCCACCUUACAAAUGUCUGUAAAAUUCUGCCACUUUGUGGAACUAUAUGUUUGUUAGUUUUCAACAAACAUUUUUCGAACUUGGCAACUUUACUGGUUUUAAGGCGUUGUUACCAGCUGGUCGCACUCAUAAGCUGAAAAAGAUUGUGGAGAGGAGUCUAUUGGAAAUAACCAGUCUUUCGAAUUAGACAAACUAAAGUUUGACCAAACUGGACUCCAUUCAGCCCUUUUACCACUACUAAUUGGAUAUUGUUGUGUUGACAAUUUUCAGCAUGUACAAUAUUUGGCCUGGGAUGGCUCCUGAGAAGAAUUCAACCGACCACCUUAAGCUGAUGAACCUGGGUGUGACUGUCACUGGAGACGGUCGAUCUGCCAAGGCCCAGGCUGGUUACCAGAUCGCUGGUCUCGCGGUCGCUCUUGGCAUCGCUGUCAUCGGUGGAAUCGUGACUGGUAAAAUCUUUGUUGUAGUACAGUCAAACCUGUAUUAA